GUCACACUGGUGACGUUUUAGUGAAGAAGUUGUGUUGUUUUUUUUUAUUUCAUUUCGUUCAAUUUUCGUUUGCCAUUCGUCAUCGCUUUCGUUGGAGUGUUCUGCUAAAAGUGUUUUUGUGCGCCGUAAAGUUUGAUCUUUUGCAUAGCUUUCUAAGAAACGGAACUUCCGGAAUCCGGAUGAGCGAGCCAAAACGGUAAAAGUCGUCGGUUGUUCCGUUCAACGUCCGCCUGUUGCAUCUCUCCCUCUCUUUCCCGCUGCGCUGGAAUUGGGGUGGAGCUCGCCCCCUCUCUUUCGCGCGUCCAUUCAGCUGUUGCGUUCGCGUGCGUGUGUGUGAGUGUGCGUAAUAAGAUUUUCAUUCUAAAGGAAAAUACGCUAUAUUUCACUAGUUUUCGGCCAAAUAAACGUGCUUGUUGGCCAAGAUAUACUCCAAGCUGAGGAGAAAAGGCUUUAUAUAACUCGAAGUGCUUUCCACCUUUGUGCGUUUGCCAGCUUUUCUUCUCAUCCAUUCGGCCAACUUGUUUUGUCCGCCUGCGAGUGUGUUGGUGUGACGCGUUACCUUCAUGUUAAGCAUUACCUAAAGAUGCUGUGAUGGCGAAGAUGGCAUCAGGAGAUCUAUCGCUGACUAGCACGAGUAGCCAGGAGGAAGAGAGCUCGGAGUAUGUGGGCUAUGAUAAUACCCUCAGACCGCCGUCCAACUCCAGCGGCAGCACCACAGCUGCCAACAUGUCCAACAACAAUGGGCCCUCAAAGGGCGUCAAUAGCGGAGUGGGCGUGUCGGGCAUUUCCGGUGGAAAGGGCGCCAACUACGAUAUACUGCAGGCGCAGUACAAGUCCGCCCUUCUGGAGCUGAAUACCUUGCGCCACCAGCAUGCGAGUACAAAGCGGCGGUGCGAUGAGUUAGCUACGGAACUAACUCUAUACCAGGAGCACUACGUGGCCGAUCGCAACAAGUUCACGGAUAUGGUGGAGGAGAGCGCCAGAUUUAAGCGUUUGCUGCUGGAAACCCAAAACCAACAGAGCCAGCAGGCCCAGAAUGGAAACAACCAAGUGCCGCCAGUCGGCAGUGGGAAUCCUUAUUACUUUGGCAAGACGCAGGGAUGCGAUGGAAGCUGUAUUGAGAAGCUGGCCGAACUGAAGAAGGAGCGAAAUAUGGUCGCCGUGGAGAGGGAGAAGUACAAGAAGUCCUACAUCGAGCUGGAAAAGGAUCGCAACUACUAUCGGGAGCGAGGCGAUGAAAACCAGAAACUGAAGGUUCUACUUUCUCAGGAGAGUAAGAAUGUGCUUUCCCUUACCGAGGAGCUAAAUCAACUGCUCUCCGAGAAGGACAACGUGCUGCAGGAGCACCAGAAGAUGUCCGACGAUCUGGUUCUGGCCAACAAGGAAAUUGAACGGCUCAAAAAAGACGAACAGCUUGCCAGGGCCGAAAUCAAGGUUCUACAGCUGGCCAACGCGGACCUUAAAAAGCGCGAUCUUCUGAAGUCUCGCGAUAGCUCGUGGUCAAAAGAAUUUCCAAGUGGGAAGGAGCUGGAGAACAGCAAGGAACUGGAAAAGCUGCGCAAGAGCCUAGAAAAGGCUCUCUCGGAGGUAGAGCGUUCAAGCCAGGAUGCCGAAGAAGCAAAGCGCGUGCGGGAUUGGGCCAUAUCGCAACGUGAAAAGAUCGUGCAGGAGCGGGAUUCAGUGAAGACGCUCUGUGACAAGAUGCGCCACGAGAGAGAUAAAGCCAUCUCAGACUCCCUGAUGGCCAUCCGAGAUAGCGAGAAGAUUAAAAAGCAGAAGGACGAAGCGCAGAAGAAGAUCGACUUGCUGAAAGAACAAAUGGAGCAGCAGGAGCGCCAAAAUCUUGACAGUAAUGCCUCCGGGUCCCGACGCAGUUUUCGCCUAAGCAGUUACGAGGGUGAGGAUCUCCUGGAAGUCGAGCUGUCCGGCUACGAGCACACAUCUGACCUUGGCAUCAUCCUGGAUGACAGCAACAAGCGAAAACUGGUGUGUGGCGUAACCAGCAGUUCACCCGCAUGCGGGAAGCUCAAGAUCAACGAUGUAAUCUGCAAGGUGAACAACUUGGACUGCCAGUCUUUGUCGAAGCGGAUGGUUCUUGACGAGAUCCGCGCCUGUGCUCCUCGUUCCCUCCUGCUCGUUUCCCGAACUCGUCACAGCAAGCGGCACGCCUAUUCUGUUCAGCUAAAGACUAGGGAUAGGGAUUGCCCGCAUGGCCUGCAACUGGACAUGGGAGUGUUCAUUGCCAAGAUCGAGCAGAACACGCUAGCCUUUUACGAACCUGAGCUGGACGUUGGCGACCGAGUGUUAAGCAUUAACAACAAGUCGAUGGACUCGGUGCAAUCUAUCGAAGAGGUUAUGCAGCUGCUCAAUAAUCCCCGCAACGAUGGACUGAAUCUGUAUGCCCUGAAAUACGUGCAGGAUCAGUUACCCCCGGGAAUGACCACCUCGUCGGCGCAGACAGACUCCAUUGACUGCAUGCAGCAUGUUUCGAGUGCCGGUGGAGGAAGUGGGCCCAGUAGCGCCACCAAACAUCCGUCCAGGUUCGCGGAAUUUUUCUUCCGAAAGCUUAAGUUCAGCAAGCCGGGCACGCCAGAGGAUAACUUUGAGCAAGAGCACGACGACGCCAUCGCUGCUUUGGAUUCGGUGCUCAGUGAAAACAGCUCUGAGAAAAGCAAGGAGAAUCUGUUCAACCGCAAAAAGCGCACCAAGAAGGAGAAGGAGGCCUCCAAGAGCAUGGGCACCUGGCCGCGGACAAACAUCUCGCACGAAAACCCAACGGGCACCAUGCGAGGCAAUGAGAAGAAGCGUGCUCUGAUGUCGCUGUUUACAGCCGGUCCGAUCAAUGUGGACAAGGAUGACGAGCUGAUGGGCGAUGUUGGAGUGCCGGAAAAGCAGCCAGCAGCGUUGAUCCAGGACCAGUUGCCUCCACCGCUGCCCCCACAAAUGUCAAAGCCACUGGCCCACAUUCGCGGAUCCAAUGGGGGCGCUAUAAAGACGCAUCCAAACCGCAAUUCUAAUCCGGUGAGCUCGGGAGUCUCGGCAUUGUUUCCCCCCGGACCCUCCAAUGGAAUGCCCACCGCUGGUUAUCCCACACAUCCGAGGCAUUCGCUAUACGGGGUGACUGCCGAGGAGAUCAACCAAAAGCCGAUUCAGCGAGCCCCCUUGAUGGGCGCCAAUGCCAGGGUUAAAAUGCCCUCACAGGAGCGCUACGGAACCAGGCCGCACAGUAACCAUCGCCUGUCGCUAAAUAUCACACCCAGCGGGGAUUUCUACCAGCCCAAGACCAGUGGUCAGCAGGCCCAGCAGCAAGUUAUGAACGCCUCGUCGGCCUCGGCGGGCUUUGGAGUAGGAUCGGGAUCAAUGGGCGGUGGAACGGGUCCGGCGGCCGGAGAGUUUCCAGUGCGCAAGCAACAGAUCUAUGACGUCUUCCAUCCGCCUCCACUGCCCAAAAACAGCUCAGGAUCGAAUCCCAAUGCUGUGUUUAUGCCACUUAAUCCGCCCAGGGGCAGUCACCCGCUGCCCGUUGGACAACCGCCGGACGUGGUGUCCCUGAAAUCGCAGAACUCUAUAGAGUCAAUACUGUCUGCCAAGAGUCCCGCUAUCAGCGAAUACGGGAUGUACGCCAAGCGCCAUGUGCCGCAGGCAGUGAGGCAUGUGCCGAAGUACCCGAGUGACAGCGAGAGCAUUGGCUCCGGAGUUCACGGAGGAUAUGGCGGGUUUCUCCAGUCCACCCAUAUGCCAGGAAAUAGACACACGCAGCUCUUCCCCACUUUUGGACCCGGUGGUCGAGGCAACCGGAGAUCCAGUCCAUUGACCCUGCCCUCACCACCGCCUCAGCAGCAGUUGCAACAGCUCCCUGCGGCGACGGCACCGCACGACAGCGUUGGAAUACCCACCGAUCUGGACUACCAUCCGCACCAUCACACGCAGACCAACCCGAUGCCGCAUCCACAUCCCCAUCCGCAUGCUCCUUACUUGGAUUAUGGACACGGUCCCUAUCCAUAUAUGGGGGUGGGCGGAGGAGUCCCUGGAGUUGGUGGAGCUAUCUAUGAAGGCGGAACAUUUCCGCGCAAGAAAGACAAUCAGCGGUUAAGGAUUCCAUCAAAUCCCAGUGUGGCCAGCAAGAGCAGCAGUAUGGUGAAGAACAGCUCUGGCAGCAUCGACCACCACUAUGUGACGAGCACGGGACCUGCCUCCGGAGGAUCCAUGUCUUCGGAUCGCGCACCUAUGUCACUGAUGAGCUCCAGUAUUCACAACAGUUACGGUGCAAAUAUGGCAGGAGGAAAUGGAACUGGAUCGGGCGUAGGAGUGGGAGGAGGCGGUGGAGGAGGAAGUGGCCGCGGUUCGCCCAUGCCGCAGGUCCAUGUAGAGGUGCUCAGCCAUGGAGGCGGCGGAAGUGGCAAGCGCAACUCCAAUGUGCCUGCGGAUUUUCUGUGCCCCGGAGACCUUAGAAGAGUCACCAUCGACAAGCGCGACAAGUCGCUAGGUAUCACCAUUCAGUGCAACAACAACGGCGGCGGAAUAUUUGUUUCAACCGUCGCUGACAAAAGCACCGCGAUGCGUGCCGGUCUCCAGGUGGGCGAUCAACUCUUGGAAGUAUGUGGUAUUAAUAUGCGAGCGGCCACGCAGGAGAUUGCGGCCAACGUGCUGCGGCAGUGCGGCGACUCCUUCACAAUGCUCGUUCAGUACAAUCCGGAGAAGUUUCCUUCAAUUGAGUACGAGGGAGCACACAACAUGGAACCAGAAUCUCCCGUCAACCAUUCGGGCUCCCCGACUCCGCGCAACUCUCCGCGUCCUCCUGCCCGCAAUUCGCUCUUCCCGUUGCCGAUGCAACCGCAGGUUCCAUCAACGAGAUCCGGCUCGAGAGCUCCUCUGUCGCAUCAGUCGAUCAAGGACCAGAGCUUUACCGACAGCCUGGAGAACCAGUCGGAUAUCAGCAGCAGUCAGGACAUGCCUUCAUCGGCGGCCACUACCACCACAACGACUGCCUCGGCCACCUCGACGGUGUAUGAUGAGGAACCCAAGCCAUCCUUGCCGCCGCCACCUGCAUCCGUUCCAGCAGAGACUCUAAGGUAUGUCACUCUGCACAUGGACAAGUCGAAGAACCUGGGAAUUAAGUUAUUUGGGGGCAACAAAGUUGGCAUCUAUGUGCACGACGUCGCUGCGGGAUCGCCUUCUGAUCAUGCAGGAAUUCGCAAGGGCGAUCAAAUACUAGAGUACAAUGGUGUGGAUCUGAGCGGAGUCACCGCUGAGCAGGCAGCCAAUGAGAUUUCAAAGCUUACGGAUACGGUCACCAUGCUGGUGCAGAAUAAAUUACACACCCUAAAGCAAAUUAAAGACGAGCCUGGCGACUCCUUUUAUAUUCGCGUGGGGUUUGACCGGACUGGUGAGUUGAACGAGGACGAUUUGCGCUUUGUUAAGGACGAGGUGCUCUACGUGGAUAAUACGGUUUUUAAUGGCACCUUUGGUUUGUGGCGAGCCUGGAAGCUGGAUGCCAUGGGCCAUCGGAAGGAGUGCGGCAUAAUACCCAGUCAAAUGAAGGUGGAAGAGGAACUUCGAUCGGGUGAGGUGGUGGAAUGUGAUACGGGCACUGCUAGACGCGGCAGCACUUCGGCCAGGAGAUCAUUUUUUCGUCGCAAGAAAAACCAGCGCAGCUCGUCUCGCGACUCCACGGAGAUUGCCAGUUUCAGCAACACACAGCUUAGCUUCUUUCCAGACUUAGGUCUGCUCAACGAUGAUGGUGGAGCUCUUAGCUACCAGCGUGUAGAGCUUUUAGAUUCUCCCAUUCGCCGGCCCGUGCUGAUCAUCGGACCGUUGUCCGAAUGUCUUAUAGAUCGCCUUAAAAUUGACUUCUCCAACCUCUUCAAACUGUGCGAGGUGACGGCCAUGGACUGCUCGCAGGAGGCCAUGGAGGAGGGUCUGAAAGAAAACAUCUUUGUGGACUACCGGCGGAAGGCCAACAAGUUUGAAUGCACCACUGUGGAGGCCAUUAGCAAUGCCUGUAAAAAUGAUCGACGUCACUGCAUCCUUGACGUUUCUAUCUCCGCCGUAGAGCGUCUGCAGCGCCUACAAAUCUAUCCAAUUGUCCUCUUGCUGCGCUUCAAGUCCGCAAAGCAAAUCCGCGAUAUUCGCGACUUUGGCACCGACAAAAUCCCAGCCAAGGCGGCCAAGGAGAUGUACGAGCGGGCCAUGAAGCUCGAGACCGACUACAAGCAGUACAUAUCAGCCGUAAUCCCCGGCGUCAGUAUCAAGCACAUGUGCACCCAAAUCAAGGAUGCCGUCGACAAGGAGCAGGACAAGCUGCUUUGGGUGCCCGUAUCGAGUGGUUGAUCCAAUCGGAUCGCCGCCUGAACAAUUUGGACUUAGGAGCAUCCUAGUUUUAGUUAUUAGCACACAACGCGACACUCACGAUUAGUAUUUUUCAAUGCGCAUCAAUAGUAUCAAGUUCGUAUUUGUUUUGUUCAACGCAGAGUAUUCAAUUGGCGCCAACUUGCAAGUUAGAAGUUAGGGCGCGGUAUUUCUACCUGUUUCUUGUCUCUGUCACCUAAUUAAUGUCUAUAGACUUACUUUUUAUUUGCGGUUAGUCUGACCGCUCUGACAGCAAAAUAUGGUCAGCUUUGAUCACAAACAUGGAAAAUGCUUCCACAAUUUAUAUAUCUAAUUUAUAUAUACCGUUUGGAACCCGAUUUUCUUCUCUGGCGACAUUCUUCGCCAAAAGUCUGUUUGUAUGCAAUGAAUUAUUAUGUAAUUGUAAGUAAGCGCAACUAUAUUUUAUAUUAUUUACCCAAACGAUUCGAUUAACUCGGUGGCAAUAGAGUGUGGCUUUAAACCAUUCAACUGUUUAACUGUGUAUAUUAAAUAGUUUCGACUAAUCCAAUUUCCUUUAAGAACUGUUUCAAAAUCAAGCUUUACUUAAAACUUUUCUUAUUCUGGCAACUGCCUUUGCCCGACUAGGAAAUUAAAAACACGACUAGUUAGGCAACAUUAGAAGUUUUAUUUAAAUGAGUGAUAGACGAAAUGCUAUCACUAGCCUUAAGUGGUAACUGGUUAAACUGAAAUGAAGUGCCUUAAAUGCCUUCAAAUUGCUAAAAAAAUAAACCCUUUUCUACAAAACAAAUACAAUUUAUAAAUCUAAUUUAUCAUCGUACCCUUGUAUUCAUUAAAGAGUAAACAGUAAUAUAUCAACGUAUUAAAUACAAUAAAAUCUAUUUUAUACAU